CGACAAUUGACAAACGGAACAAGCAUUGCUGAAGAACGGAGACUAAGUCAAGCCAUGGCGCUGAUAGCGUCGUGAUGCCCCCCACCCAUUACCCGUUUGGAUGGGACUUGAAUUCCGUGAUCGCUCUAAUGUUUUUUUUUUCCCUCGCAAUAACUGCCCCGCCUUGGACACUCCAUACCCUUCUUCUGUUUUGUCUCUUUUCAUCGCUUCGCCCCGUCAACUAUCGAGUUUAGGAAGAGUAAUCGUAUCGAUCCAUCAACAAUGGCAUCGUCUGCCGACCUCAAGCCGACAAGGUCCACGGAGGACCCGUCAAACCCCCUCCAGUCGGACUUUCAAGAUAACGAAUCCAUGGACUCGGAUGAGCGCUACCUGGUAAGACGAUGAACAGCCUCGGCCUGGUGUUUCCGCCGCCCGGAAUAUCCUGUCUUCGAACCCCGCGACCAUAUUUCUCCCAAACGCGCCAGGAUAGCAGCAAUCGCUUGGGUACAAGCAGACCCUCCAUCGAUCUUGGGAGCUGUUUGAGAGCUUCUCGGCAAGCUUUGCGGCUCUGUACUUUAUCGGCGGUAUCCGUGUCACCUUUACCAUUGGAGUUGGAGCCGGUGGCCCAGCCGCGUACUGGUCCAGCUAUGUGAUCACUUGCUUCUUUGUGUUCAUCACUGCUGCCGUGCUCGCUGAAACGUGCUCUGCCUUACCGGCGGCUGGCUCAAUCUAUUUCUGGGCUGCAGAAGCCGGCGGUCCUCGAUACGGCCGACUGUUCGGGUUCAUCGUCGCGUGGUGGUCCUGUACCGCGUGGACCACCUUUGUAGCAUCUUUGGGUCAAGGCACGGCCAACUUUCUGCUCUCCGAAAUCACCGUAUUCGGGCUACCCUACAGCACAGAUGUGUCGGACAUCAAAUUCCGCGUCGUCCAGUGGAUCGUGUCCGAAGCUUUUCUCUUCCUUGCCAUCGGCAUGAACUACCUCAAUCCAAAGACGUACAAGUGGAUUUUCCGUCUCGGCACCGGCAUGGUCAUGCUUGAUUUCAUUCUCAACAUCAUUUGGCUGCCCAUCGGCGUGAGCAAGACGUACGGAUUUCAGUCUGCAAAAUACGUCUUCACGCAAACGUACAAUGAGACGGGCGCACCCCCCGUGUGGAACUGGAUGCUGGCUUUCUACGUCACGGCCGGCAUCCUCGUGGGCUAUGAAGCUCCCGGGCACGUCAGCGAGGAGACGCUCAAUGCCUCGGUCACGGCCGCCAAGGCAAUCUUCAGCUCUGCUGCGUCCAGCGCCAUCCUCGGCUUCCCAAUCGUGAUCCUUUUCCUGUUCUGCACGCCGGAUUUGAACACCUUGUACAGCUUCGGCGGACCGCAGCCCUUCAUGGAGAUCUACGACAUGGCCCUCGGGCGUGGUGGCCAGCUCGUCAUGUGCGUCAUCUGCAUCAUCGCCCUGGUGUUGAACAUGACCGUUUCCGGCGUCGCCUCCUCCAGGUUGAUCUGGGCUGUCGCGCGCGACGGCGUCCUUCCGUUCAGCGGCUGGAUCUCAAAGGUCGAUUCGCAAAAGCAACCCCGCAACGCGAUCACCGUCAUGCUGGUCGUCUCCGCGCUCUUGCUCUGCACGAUCCUGCCGUCCCCCGUCGCCUUCACCUCUCUGGUUUCAGCGGCCGGCGUCCCCACCAUCACGGCUUACGCUCUCAUCUCAUUCGGCCGUGCCUUCAUCACUCCCCACAAGUUCAAGCAUGCGAAGUGGAGUCUGGGCAAGUGGUCGAGGCCCUUGAACGUCAUUGCGUUUGUGUGGAACACGUACCUGGCCGCCGUCCUGUUCUCUCCGUUGUACUUCCCCGUCAGUGGGAGCACCUUCAACUACUCACCCGUCAUCUUUGGUGCCAUCACGAUCUUCGGCAUCGUCAGUUGGUGGGUCAUUCCUGAGGACAAGUGGCUGCCCACGGCUCGGUUGAGAAAGGUUCAGCAAGCGGUCGAGGAGUAGGAGGUGGCUGCUAGAACGGUGGAAACCGGUUCAACAUGUGGUCAUCCACGUUCAGAGCUGAUCGAAACUCCUUCUCAGCAGCAGUUGCGUCGAAAAGGCUCAUCAUUCCUUUGUAUUUUCACUGGAGGAAUAGUUUACACACACACACACACACACACACACACACACGGUCAUUUUCACCAGAGAGAAGUAGAUUUGGGUACAGAAUGUUUGUUGUGCAAAUGUGGAGGUUAACUUUCAGCGGGUUCUCGUAAUAUCAAAUCGUUUGCGACUUCGCAUACAAACAUACGCUUAGCACUACACAAUGCAUCGGCGUGCUCCCGUUAAUUUCAUCGAAACUUCGAGGUCUACAAAGUCAGCUCAAGCUGAGAAGUGAUCCAAACCAAACAGUCCGUGUGUAUUGCAAGCAAGGGAUGUCGAAACAGAGCCCUCAUGACCG